AUGCCUUCCGACUCAGAGAACACCGCUCCAUCCAGCUCCACUGACGUCGAGGACUUCGAGUUUGGGGGUGAUGAGGAGGAGACUGUACCUCCGCCUGACCCCUCCGAAUUCCCUUCUUUGCUCGAAGGGCUCGAAUCGAAGGAUAACGAAGUUUUCAGCAAGAGCAUUGACAAAUUUGACGUGUUGUACUCCUCUCAAGAGGAUGUUUUCACCGAAGCAAUCUUACCACAUGUCGCUCGCUUCUUGAAGUUCGCCUCCAACACCGACGAGAGGAAGCGCCAGGUAGCCUUGGUUGAUUUGGCGACCAAGGCUCUGUUAUCUUCCGACGAGAAGGGGAGGGAACUUGCCAGAGCGAACCUCCAGUACCUGGCCCAAAUUCUGAUCAAGGGCGAUGAUUUGGCCCGUCAUGACCUUUUGAGGCUUUUCGAAACGUUGCUGGAGCACGAGGAAGCCUUUGAGGAGCAGUAUGUCGGCAUCUUCAAGGAGCACGUAUUCGCCACUCCGGUCGACAACUGCCCAAGUUCCACGGCGAUGGAGACGUUUCAGACAGCGCUCACCUUCUACACCCAAACCAGCGGAAAAGUGGCCGUCAAGGCAGGCGGGGUCGAGUUUGCGAUUGGCGCCUUAGACAGUCCCGACCCGCAGAUCAGGGUCGCGGCCAUCAAUUGCCUCGCCAACAUAUUGUCAAAUAAAGAUGAACUGUACCAAUAUGUUUCCGAGGCCGAACACGAAAACCCAGUUCUGUACUUCCACGGCAUCCUGCUUCUCCCAAUCCUCGCUCUCCUCCGUGACAAGGUCGAGGCUGUCGUUGCAGCCGUGCUAGACUUCUUGCAGGGAGAAGAUAGUGACUAUACAACAGCGUUCAUCUUGGCCGACGACAACGCCCCUCAUGAUCUUGUUCUCCUUCUUGCCAAGAAAGACGUGCAGCAGCUGGGAGCUCCUAUUGAUUGGCUUCUCGCUCGCCUCACCCAGGACGAACGUGCCGCCGAGGUUGUGGAAGGAUUCAGGAAGGUGUGGCAAGACGAGGAAGUUGACAUGGAGACUAAGGUUCAGGUUUUGAGGGCGUCGCUUAACAAUUUCGAUACCGUUACGCGAUCUUCUCUGAAGGGAGGGCUGGGUGAAUUCUUUGUGGGGAUACUUGGAAAAGAAGAGCAUCGUACAUCUGCACUGACUGUCAUUUCUGCGUCGAUGGAGAACCACCAACGCCUCGGGUACUACCUCGUCAAGGCAGGAGCCAUCUCAGCACUCGUGGACAUCUUCGAGAACGGGACCAACCUCAAAGAACGCUGUUUAGCGGCAACCAUCCUCAGUAAACUCCCUGAUACCUACGAACCCAAAGGCGACGACGAAAGCGAGCAGUCUUCGUACCGCAGUGCCGCUACUGCUGCCCUUUCCACAGACGAAAUCCUACCUCGCAUCCUCACGACACUCGAGUCCGACGACGUCGGGAUUGCUUCGGCGGCGUUCACACUCUUGGCUGCAAUAAUGACCAACGAAGUCAUGUGGUCCGACGACGAUGGCGACGACGAUAUUCCUUCGCCUGUCAAAGAUAAAGUUGUCACGCCACAGCUUAUCGAGUUAGCACUCGGGAAGCUGUCCGUUCCCGCUGUUGCACCAGCUGCUUUACAGGUUUUGGUGGAGUCUGCUUGGCAAUACAACCGAGGCUUUGCGCUGGUUCGGGACGCUUUCAAGCCGCACGUACCCAAGGCCGACGCGACUUUCUUCGAACUCCUGGACGGCCCCGCCGAUAAUGAUUCGCGGUAUCGGGCAAGGAAGCGGAGACAUCUGGCAGGGGCAGUCGUGAACGUUGGUGGGCUGCUCCGGAUCCAAGAUUUGUUGGAGGAACCGGUUGUCUCGAUUGACGCCCGCCGUUCACUUGUUGUGGGUUUCCGCGCUCUCCUCUGCACAGAUGUAGCCGACCUCGAUGUUGGCCGUCAAAGCAAGAGGCUCCCCGUUCUCCUCGCAGAACUCCUCGCAGAUGGCACGUACGAUUCUCUCAGGCGUGUGAUGUGGAUGGUGCGGUUGCUCUCUGUUGAAGGCAAUGCACGAGCCCUUGCCUCUUGGACUGCGUUGGGAACGGAAGAGACGAUCAACCACUUGGUCAAGUUCUUGCAGACAGGACGCGUGGAGAUUCCCGAGCCGUCGCUGGAAGGGUUGGGCGAAGAAGAGUAUGAAAAGACAUUAGAAGAACACCGCAAGAAAGUUAAAGAGAAUGCAGAACAUUGGAGCAGGACGCUGGCUAUGACGUGUGAAAUUAUAGACGGUCUCCUGGAAUCUCAGUUUUCACCAUUCCUGCAUCUCUUCGCCGGCGCUCUUCUGAAGACGUCCAAUUCCUGCGACGAGACCUGUGUGCUUGAGCUUCUCGACAAGGUAGCCAAGUCUUGCGAUGGACAUGGCGACGACGCACUCGAGCCCUUCAUUGUUGCCAUCAAGGACCUCCUUGGGGACCCUUGCCCUCCCACCAUCGACCAGAUUCGCACGUGGGCCGCAUACGGCUCAGGAAUGUCCACAGUGCUCUAUCUCGGAGGUGUCGUGCCCUUCCUAGUGAAGCAGGCAGACCCUCCCGUCCCGCAACCAUCCGAGGAGGAGGAUGACGACCGGUCUAUCCAGGACGACGGCUCAAUUGCCGUGGAAGUGAUUGACGCCUUCGUGGCUAUAGCCACCAAGGUCUCAGGCGAUAGGUCUCGCAAGCGAGAUGUACAAGCAGCGUUUUUCUCGACCGAGAAGCUACUCUCCAUCGCCACCGACACGAUCAAGAAUUUGGGGGAAUACGAGAAGUACUCGGCUUCAGACAUGGCCUGCAAGGUCUUUCGAUUGAGCCAGGGCUACACCGAAGCUCUUCCAGCGCUCAGGGGGAGGGACAUCUUCCCCUCGCUGCUCACAAUGUUCGACGACGACGAAAUUAUCGUGGACGACUGUGCCCGGCUACUUGGCUGGCUCGCUGAUGUCGAUCGGGCGGCGUUGGUUGAUGUUUUGAAGAAGCAGAUCGCGCAGUUGCAGCCACCGGCGAACACCCAAAACCAAGGAGGAAAGAAGAAGAAAAAGAAGGGGAGGUAUACGCCCCGUCUCAGCAAAAAGGCGGUGCUGGAGAGACUGAAGGCCCUUGCCGAAACUUCCAAUACCGCUCAGGAAGCUGUGGUCGAGGCUGGUGGGGUCGAACUAGCAAUGGCUGCGGCGAGCGGAGAGGACGAGGAGGUUUUGACCCUUGCACUGGGGGUCUUGCGAUGUGUAUGCAACCCAGAGGCGCAGGUCGAUGUUUUAUCCCGACUCGUGGAACUUUGGACUGAUCCGGAUAGCUCUGGUUCCAUAUUGUAUGCAAUCCUCGAACUCCUUCAGGACCUCAUCAGAAAGUACGACGUCCAACCUCUCCUCGACGCUGAAUGGGAUCGCCUUCUAGUGACGAAACUGAGCGAGGAGCCCGCGGGAGUGCAGGACAUGAGCACGCUCGUGGCCACUGUUGCGGAGUUGGCUUUGAAAGGGGACUCGGGAAAGAGAGCAAUUGUGGAAAGGUUCCGAGAGAGAUUCGACGAUGGAGCAGCCCUGGAACGCGAGAGUGACUGGGGUACUAGCCAUGCUUUGCGGUGCUUGGCGAUGAGGGGAGAUGAAUGUGCCAGCCUUGUGGUGGAGAUGGGGUCUAUCGACUACGCAAUCCAGCUGCUCCUGUCGGACGAUCCCCAGUAUAUAACAAAGGGCGCGGCACUCUGCACAACCAUUGUUCGUCAAAUCACUAACGAAGCCCUUCCGCUCCUUCAAGCCAAAGGCGUGUUGAAACUAGUCGCGGAGGGGAGGAGGAAGUUCGAUGCUGCUCUCGACAGGCCGUUUGAUGCGCCGGAAGGUCUGGAGGGAUCGGAGCUGGAGACCGAGAAAGAGGAAUAUCUGGAGAAACAAGGACGCUUGAAGGACUACAUAGAUCAUUGGGACAUGUUCGACCGGAUCUUAGGUGGGGAGUUUAUCAGCGAAGCAGAUUACGAAGAGUAUCAAUGGUUCUAG